AUGUCUUAUACAACUUACAGACCGCCUCCUCCAGCGCCCUCUGCCUUUUUCGCGCUCCAGCUCGCUGCCUCGUCGUCGUCUGCCGCGCCCUUGCAAGCCAUUGUUGAUGCUACCAUACCCUCGAAUACGUCCGUGUCGUCUACAGCCUCGAUGGAUGAGAUGGCGUCGACUACAACUGGAGCCGCCCCUUCGACAUUUCUACCUCGUAUCCCGAGCAAGAUUUCCAUCAACGUGACGACGCAGGCCAUUGCCCAGCAGGUCCAUGCUGCUACAUCGUCUGGCAAUAACAAGGCCCCUUCACGCACCAACAGUGCAUCGUCCAUCACUGCACUCCCCUCACUGAGCUCGUCGCUCAACAACCUCCAUGCAGCCACGAGCAUUGAUCACCUCGAUGUCUGUGGCACCCGCACUGCAGAGGCCGAUGAACUGCUCAGACGAGUAAUCCAAGGAAACGUCAAGCGAUUAUCGAGUUCAUCAAUUCACCCGGCCGGCUCCCUUCCUCCCUCAUAUCCCGCUGGUGGGCCGGGCAGCAGCACGAACAUUGCCUAUCACGCCCAAACCGAACGCGUCUUCACUCGCUACGACGAUGAUUCGUCCGCUGACGAGUCAGAUGAUUCAAACGACGAUGGCGACGCAGUUGACAAUCUCCCCUCAUCGUCUGCCACUUCUUCCCUUUCCAGACCGUCCCCUUUACGUUCUUCCCACUCGACCUCGCAUUCCGACUACUUCUAUCAUCCCAAUCCGGCCAGGCGCUCCUCCCUCGAUGGCAACACCAGCCCGACCUCGCCCCCGAGUCCCAACCCUCUUCCACGCAGUAGUAGUACUACUGGUAUCAUGAUGAACUCGCGAAAGGACAGGCUCGCCGCCCGACCCCGCAAGACACCUGCCUUUGCCUUCUGA